ACCAACCUAAUAUUUUAUAGUAUUAUAUGGAUGAGUGUAUAUGUAAUAGUGGGAUGAGUGAAUCUGUUUGAAGAGAAUCGAAGUUUUUCGCAAAAAUGUCAUCUUUAUUAAAAAAUUAUUGGAAACUCAUGAGAAAUCUUCCUGUUACAAGCCCAAAAUGUUAUCCAAAACUUCUUCCUUUGACAAGAAUGAAUACUACAAAUACUGAAAAAACAGAAACGCGACCAACAAUACGUAAAAUUCAAACUGAUUUGGAAACUGUAAAAGAUUUGGGUUUAUAUAUUGCUGGAUGUUUACCAAAGUAUGUGCAAAAAACUCAGAUUGUUGCUGGUGAUGAGCUUGAAAUAUUAGUAUGUCCAGAGGGGAUUAUUCCAACAUUAAAGUUUUUAAAAUUACAUCAAAAUACUCAAUAUACUUCAUUAUCAGAUAUAACUGCAAUGGAUGUUCCUUCAAGACAAUAUAGGUUUGAGAUUAUCUAUAAUUUACUUUCUCUAACUUUUAAUAAACGUAUUAGAGUAAAAACAUAUACAGAUGAAUUGACACCUGUACCAUCAGCAGAACCAAUUUUUGAUGCUGCUAACUGGUAUGAACGAGAAAUAUGGGAUAUGUUUGGUAUAUUAUUUAUGGGACAUACAGAUCUUCGUAGAAUUCUUACAGAUUAUGGUUUUGAAGGACAUCCAUUAAGAAAAGAUUUUCCUCUCAGUGGUUUUGUAGAGGUACGCUAUGAUGAUGAAUUAAAAAGAGUUGUAUGUGAACCAUUAGAAUUAGCACAAGAAUUUCGUAAAUUUGAAUUAUCUGCUCCAUGGGAACAAUUUCCAAAUUUUCGAAGUAUACCUCCAUCUGAUGAAAGUAAGGAAGAUUCAACUAAAGAUAAAAAUUAAAUUAUAUUGUCAUUGCAUAUAAACAUAAAUUGAGAAAAUAUUUACAUUAAUAUUUAUUUAGUGAUAUUAUUAUGUAUUCAAGAAAAUAAAUAUAAAAUAUAAAAACUUU